AUGUGGCCAGGUCGUGACUUUCAUCAAGGUUCAGUGCGGAACAGGAAUGUCUUGAAGUUGUCCCCAAUGCUGACCCUCAGUGUUUCAGGCUGCUUAUCCUCUCGUAGUGGCACUGGUUCCCACGUAGUGAGAGGACUUCAACAACAGGUUGCGUCUGUAUCAACUCAAAGACUUGCCCAAACCCCUUUGACCUACGGCGCCGACAAAAGUACUCGACAAGUACAGCGCAACCCCACGGAAAACUCCAAGAUGAACUGGGCCUACCGAAGACUGGAUCGCGAGUACAACGAACUACUCCAGGCUUAUCACAAACUGUUGCACUCCAACAGCGUGAUACGCAAAUUUGCGUAUGGCUCCGUCUUCCUGGCCAUGUGCGGCGGAGGUGUCCUCGGUCUCUGCAUAUACUGCUGGUUAAGCGGACGACGUAAGCCGGGAAAGAACGGUCAGUCCACGAGCGGGGGCCCGGGUGAUGGGCCUGGGAGUGUUGAGCUACAGCCCUUGACUUCGCCUGGGAGAGCGGUGGUUAGGGGAGAGGAGGAAAGGGGGCUGCUACCGAGAUAUCGCUCCCGAGAUGCUGCACCGAGAUACUCUGUUACCGAUCCGAAUACGCAGAGACCAGAGACUCCGUGGUCCAUGGUUUGA